AUGGGUUCAGUCGAGAUGCCAGUCUCUGGCAUCAGGAUAUCAAUCGAUCGAGGGGGGACCUUUACCGACUGCGUGGCCAGGGUGCCCGGACAGAGCGACAUCGUCCUGAAACUGCUCUCCGUCGACCCUGACCACUACCCUGACGCACCUGUCGAAGCUAUUCGACGAGUCCUGGAACAGGCCACAGGGAGAUCGUACCCUCCUAGGAAAAAAUUCUCCCUCCGAGGUGUGGAAUCCAUCAAGAUGGGAACGACGGUGGCCACGAAUGCACUUUUGGAAAGAAAAGGUCAAAAGACUGCUUUUGUCGUUACUGAAGGCUUGAAGGAUCUUUUACAUAUCGGCAACCAGUCAAGACCGAACUUGUUUGAUCUGACCAUUAGUCGACCGGAGGUGCUUUACAGCAAGGUGGUUGAGAUUCCCGAACGUGUGACUCUAGAAGAUUGGACAGAAAGCACUCAGCCACCACGGCAGCUUGAAGCCAACCACGAUCCAGCCCUCGUGAAAGGAGUAACUGGCGAAAUCGUAAGGAUUCUCAAGCCGAUAGAUACUGGUACAACACGGCAGAUCCUUCAACAGGUGUAUGAUGAGGGCUAUCGGUCGAUAGCAGUCUGCUUGAUGCACAGCUAUACGUUCCGAGAGCAUGAACGAGCUGUUGGCCGGAUAGCGUCCCAAAUAGGGUUCACGCAUAUAUCACUAAGCGCCGAACUGUCCCCGGCUGUGAAAAUCGUACCCAGGGGAAACUCUUCGACGGCCGAUGCAUAUCUGACCCCAGAGAUUCAAAAGUACAUUGCUGGAUUCGUCUCCGGGUUUGAAGAUCUGUACGAAAGUGGUUGCCGAUGCGAGUUCAUGCAGAGCGAUGGCGGCCUUGUCGAGUUCUCUGCCCUGUCCGGGCUACGUGCAAUCUUGUCUGGACCAGCAGGCGGCGUCGUGGGGUACGCAAGGACGUCGUAUGACGAGACUAAGAAAACGCCGAUCAUCGGGUUCGAUAUGGGUGGGACUUCUACCGACGUCUCACGGUAUGCAGGGGAGCUGGAGCAGAUCUUCGAGACUACAACUGCCGGCGUCACCAUCCAAAGUCCGCAACUGGAUAUCAAUACUGUUGCGGCUGGUGGAGGCAGCAUCCUAACGUGGCAGAGUGGAAUGUUCAAGGUCGGACCUGAGAGUGCUUCGGCUCAUCCUGGACCAGCCUGCUACCGAAAAGGUGGUCCGCUGACGGUGACAGAUGCCAAUCUAGUCCUAGGCAGGAUCCGACCAGAGUUCUUCCCUAGCAUUUUCGGUCCGAAUGAGGACUUGCCGCUGGAUAUUAUGGCUAGUAAGGCUCUAUUUGAGAAGUUGGCCGCGGAGAUCAACGAAUCUGUCGAGAUACAGCUGAGCAUUGAAGAGAUUGCCGCCGGGUUUCUGGACGUGGCCAACGAAGCGAUGUGCCGUCCGAUUCGGACACUAACCGAAGCCAGAGGAUACGAUGCGAGUCAGCAUCACCUUGCAGCCUUUGGUGGUGCGGGUGGUCAGCAUGCAGCCGAUAUUGCGGCAAGGCUGGACAUCUCCAGGGUGUUGAUCCACAAGUAUUCUUCUCUUCUGUCAGCAUAUGGCAUGGUUUUGGCGGACGUGGUACGCGAGGAGCGAAGUCCUUCAGCUCUGACCUACAGUGAGGAAAACAUGCCCUCGUUCGCCACCGAAUUGGACCGACUGCAACGGGUGGCCGAAAAAGCGCUGCGAGACCAGGGCAUCGACCAGUCUCGCAUAACAUCAGAAAGAUAUCUCAACAUGCGGUUCCAUGGUAGCGACACUCCAAUCAUGGUGCAGCAACCCCCAGACAGAGACUUCGUCACGAUAUUCAAGAACAUCCACCUCCAACAGUUUGGUUUCCUCCCUUCAAAUCGGCGGAUCAUCGUUGACGAUUAUCGCGUGCGGUCCGUUGGUCACAGCCUGCUAAACUUGCCUGCUCCGUGGUCUGCCGAAUUGGCCCAAUACAAGACUUUCCCAACCCCGGAGGCAGACAUCACGAGGAAGGUCUAUUUCAAGUCUACCGGCUGGUACAACACCCCUCUGUAUAGCCUCAAAGUCCUCCAACCGGGUUCAAAGAUUGAAGGGCCAGCAUUGAUAAUCGACAAUAACCAGACCAUAAUCAUUACACCUCAAUCAAUUGCCACGAUCCUAUCGAAUAUGGUGGUCAUUGAUGUUGCCUCGAGUAAGAAGAACUCGAUUUCGGAUAGGACGGUGGAUCCAAUCCAACUUUCCAUCUUCGGACAUCGAUUCAUGGGAGUGGCCGAACAAAUGGGUCGGUCGCUGCAGAAGACCAGUGUCAGCACCAACAUCAAAGAGAGACUGGAUUUUUCGUGUACAGUCUUUUCGCCAGACGGAGGGUUGGUCGCAAAUGCUCCCCACGUUCCAGCAAUGAUUGGGAGCAUGGCUUUCGCCGUGAAGUGGCAGAUCGACCACUGGAAAGGAGACCUGCGGCCUGGAGACGUGAUCUUGUCCAAUUCUCCGAUCUGUGGAGGCACUCACUUGCCUGACCUCACGGUCAUCACUCCGAUUUUCGAUGAUGCUGGCGAGAAAAUCAUCUUCUGGACCGCCUCGAGAGGUCACCAUGCAGAUAUCGGUGGAAUCCUGCCGGGCUCGAUGCCGCCAAACUCGAAAGAACUGUGGGAGGAGGGAGCGGUCAUCAAAGCCUUUAAAGUGGUGGAGGGCGGUGACUUCAAAGAAGAAGAACUUACUCGUCUGUUGAUGGAACCACAACAAUAUCCAAAUUGCAGCGGCACUCGAUGUCUUCGCGACAACAUCUCCGAUAUCAAGGCCCAAGCCGCUGCCAACCACCGCGGUAGUCAAUUGAUUCAUUCGCUGAUCAGAGACUACGGCCUGGACACUGUUCAAUUCUACAUGGAGCAAAUACAGAGCGCUGCGGAAUGUGCGGUCCGCAACAUGUUGCGGGCCAUUUUCAAACGGACAUCCGGCCAACCCUUGUCCGCGACCGACUACAUGGAUGACGGGACUCGGGUUUGCCUGAAGGUAACCAUCGAUCCAGCCAGCGGAGGGGCCGUCUUCGAUUUUGACGGCACCGGGCCCGAGGCGUACGGAAACUGGAACGCGCCCAUCGCCAUCUGCCAUUCUGCAAUCAUCUUUGCCCUGCGAUGUAUGGUCAAUAUGGACAUCCCGUUGAACCAAGGCGCCAUCCGUCCGGUCGAGGUCAAGAUUGCCCAGGACUCGCUACUGAACCCGGGCCCCACGGCGGCUGUGUGCGCGGGCAACGUGCUCACGUCGCAGCGCAUUGUGGACGUAAUUUUCCGCGCCUUCAACGCCGUGGCGGCCAGUCAGGGAUGCAUGAACAACUUGACCUUUGGGUCGGACGAUGCCGAGAACGGCUUCGGCUACUACGAGACCAUUUGCGGCGGAUCUGGUGGCGGACCGGGCUGGAAGGGCACCAGUGGCGUCCAUACCAACAUGACCAACACACGUAUCACAGACCCGGAGAUCCUCGAGCGGCGGUACCCGGUCAUCCUCCGACGGUUCUCCUUGCGUGAGGGCAGCGGAGGCUGCGGUCUCUAUCCAGGUGGCGAUGGUGUAGUUCGCGACAUCGAGGUCUCCAUCCCCAUGAAAGUCUCCAUCUUGAGCGAGAGACGUUCUUUCGCGCCAUACGGCUUGAUGGGCGGUGGUGAUGGGGAGAGAGGCCAGAACCUCUGGAUCCGGAGGGACGGCCACGUCAUCAACCUCGGCGGGAAGAAUACUGCGUCGAUGCAGGCCGGCGACAGGAUCGUCAUCCUAUCCCCCGGGGGAGGCGCUUGGGGAAGUGCUGAUGGCUCAACGCCGGUCAUGGACAUCAGGAACAAGUUCCGGCCGGCGGCAAACGGGAGCGUGGACAUCAUUCAGAGCAUGGGAGAGUCGUCUUGA